CACUCAUGCAAAACAAACAUUAAUUUCGUUUUAUUAAUUGGUUUCCAUUUAUUUUCAACUUCAUUACUUUUGACUUUCCUUAUUGUUUAAAUUUCUUUAAAUUGAAUUUUCAGGAGAUUUCAUUCAUUGAUUUGAUAACGUACGUCAAUAGUUAAACGGAUACAGCCCAUAGGUUUGAGCCAUUUCCUGUUCUUUCUGCUGGUGCUUGUAAAUUCAGGCAGAGUGAGGCCUCUUCGUCUUGAAAACCUCUCUACUGAUGACGCCGCACGUCACGCACGCAGCUGCGCAGCAAUAGACAAGCAGGACAGUAAGGACUCCUUUUACAUUGACGUCCCAGAAGAACUACAACUCCCAUGAGCGCUCGCGGUAACUUAGAGCACCAUCUCGCAUUCGGACGUGGAGUUGUUGAGGAAGCAGGAAAGAUCUCACGCCGCAGCUCGUCUGCAGAAAUGCACCGAUCACUCAGCGCUUCAUAAAGGGACGCGUCUUUUCUCUGCGGCGGAUCGCCAUGGCGACAGUGUUCGCCAUCGUCCUGGUGUUUGUCGGAUGCUGCAGCAACGUGGUGUCUCUGGAGCUGCUCGUCAGACAGUUUCCAGGAUGCGGCAACAUCGUCACCUUCGCUCAGUUUCUGUUCAUCGCGUUGGAAGGCUUCAUCUUCCAGGCCAACUUUGGGAGGAAGAAACCCACCAUCCCUAUCAGGAACUACGUGAUCAUGGUGACAAUGUUCUUCACCGUCAGCGUGAUCAACAACUACGCUCUCAACUUCAACAUCGCCAUGCCACUGCACAUGAUCUUCAGAUCGGGAUCACUCAUCGCCAACAUGAUCCUGGGGAUAGUCAUCCUGAAGAAAAGGUACUCGGCCAGUAAAUAUCUGUCUAUAGUUUUAAUUUCGGCUGGAAUAUUCAUCUGCACCAUCAUGUCUGCCAAACAAGUGAAUGUGGCCACUGAGGGAUCAGGAGAUGAGGGAUUUUACACCUUUGUUCGCUGGCUCAUAGGUAUCGCCAUGUUGACCUUUGCUCUCCUGAUGUCUGCGAGGAUGGGUAUUUUCCAGGAGACGCUGUACAAGCAGUAUGGGAAACAUUCCAAAGAGGCUCUCUUCUAUAAUCACUUCCUCCCUCUGCCGGGCUUCCUCCUCCUCUCCACAGACAUCUACCAACACUGCCUCCACUUCAGUCAGAGCGCUCCUGCAGUGGUUCCUGUGGUCGGAGUGUCUGUGCCAAUAAUGUGGCUCUACCUGCUGAUCAACGUCAUCACACAGUACGUGUGCAUCCGUGGGGUUUUCAUCCUGACCACCGAGUGCGCCUCGCUGACCGUCACUCUGGUGGUGACACUGAGGAAGUUCCUCAGCCUCAUCUUCUCCAUCAUGUACUUCCAAAACCCCUUCACCACCUGGCACUGGGUGGGCACCGGCGUGGUCUUCCUGGGCACGCUGCUGUACACGGAGGUGUGGAGCAGCGUGCAGUCGGCUCUGCGUGGACCGAGCGUCAAGGAGAAGAAGGCGGAGUGAAGACAAAACUACUUGAAAUACAGCCACUGUGUUGGACUCUCAGAUUGCUUUGGGUCAGCGACCCUGCAGCAGUUUUUAUAAAGCUAUGUCAAUUAUUUUGGUGAUAGUAAAGCUCACACACACAAAAACAUACAGCGGGUUAAUGGAUGGUGAUAUUCUGUAUAUUGGUUAUUAAAAUUGCAUGAAAAGACAAAAACCUACAAUGUAUUAGUUCACCACUCAAAACUCUCCCUUCUCUGCCAUGUCUGUGUCGCUCGGCCCAAAGACCUUUUAAAGCAGCUGUAACAUGUCAAUAUUUCAAUUGAUCACACGAUCAAUAUUUUAAUUUAUCACCUGACCUGCUGCUGAAAGAGGUCACUUAGAGUGAGGCAACUAUGGAGAAUAAUGACCCAAUUGUGCAGCAUUUUAGUGUCAUUUAGCUCUUUGUUUUUAGUUUUUACUGCUCAUAACUUUACUAUUUUACUUCUGCUCCCAUCAGCAGUGUUAUCGGCCGCAGCAGGCAGCUGUUUUUAACCCAAAAACUCUAAAAUGACUUUCCAUCAACUGCUCGGCCUCAUGCAGCAGACACAGUUAGUGACUGGCUGGUGAUCAUAGUGGAGAGUUCAGCAGCUAAAUAAGCUGAUCUUUCCCUCGGGGGUUGGUGGAGACCAAAAACAGAGAAUUAAAACACUUCCUCAAAUUAAUGACAAUCUCUUUCAGUUGGAUAUUUAAUGGCACAAGACUAUGUAACGUUGUGACGCAUUUAACAUGUAUUAUCACAUUUUAUGGCCAAUGUAGGUUGAAACCUUCCUCCAACCGUCAUGGCUGCCUGGUAACAGCCGGUGGCCUGAUUCAUACGUAAAUACCUCCAAGACCAUUUUUCCAGGGAAGAACGAAGUAUAAUGUGUUUUGGCCCAAAGCCUCUUCCAUCCCCCACAGUGUUGACUGUGCAACAACAUGUUUUAGUUCUUUACUUUCUAGUUGUGAAUCACCUACAGUCUUAACAUUCCUCAUCCUUCUGCUCUCAUCUGUUCAUAUCUGACGUUGGUUUAACAUUUUCAUUGUCUCAAACCACAUCUGCUCAGUACAGUGAGGUCACUCCACAAUAUACAAACUCUUUUCUCUGCUGAAACUUUAGUGAAAUGUGAGUUGUGUUAUAUUUAGGGUUCUCAGCUCCAGUUACAAAGUGAGUGCUAGCAACAGGACGCUGACUGCAGUUCACUCAAUGGCCACUGGUGUCAGCAACAACUAGUUUUUUGAAUGUUACAUACAGGACCUUUAAAUACCAACUAUUUUAUCAUAACUUAAAGUUUGAUUUAUCAAUAAUUGCUGGGAUAACUAAUGAGUUAAUAAUUAUGAGUUAUUUUUACAAUUAAUCAUUUUUCAAAUCAUCAACUUUUAAAGUGAUAUAGUUCUCAAAUUCUUGUGUCACAGUAAAUAUAAUAUUUUGGGGGAUUUUUAAAGCGUUUUCAUUCGAUGAUUAUAUCAAUUUUUGCUCCAGGAGAUUGUGAUGAACCUUCAUCACUGUUUUAAGCAAAACUUUAAUUGAUUAUUGUUGGUUUAAAAACAGUUCACAUAAACAGAAUUUCAUAUUUUUCAAAGGUUAUAUACAUUUAAACAUCCGCUUGGCGCUGGAGUUUUUAUCAGAAAUGACUCAAACAGGAGAAAGUAGUGUGUUUGGUAAAGACCAUAUAUUCAUCCACAUUUGGUGCUUUAGUAUGGCAACAGGAUUAUUUAGUGAGCAGUGAGGCUUAAUGUUGUGGCUUUAUGAUGUUGGUGUAUGAGGGAAUCACUCAAAAUACACCACAGAGGUUAUUUUCAUUGUAAUUUCAGUAACAGUGUCGCUCACUGAUGUAUUUUAAUAGAUUCUUGACAACAGUGUAGCUCCUAUGGCUCAGAAUAAUAAGCUAAUAGGAUCAAUACGUUGUUGGUUUUGUCUUUUUAUAUAAUUUAUUUGUAUGAUGGUCAAUUGAAUACACAGAAUAUCACCUAACAGUAACAAUAGUACUUUCUCAGAAUGCAUAGAUGCCAAAUUGUGAUGCAGCUUUUGAUCUUGCGUUUGAGUAUUUAUUUGAUAAAAGUGACAGUUGAUUGAUCUCAUGGAUCAGGAGGAUUAUACUGCACACUUGAUGUGAUGCUGUAAAUCAGGACUGUUACAUUAGUGGAGUUCAUGUAGAUGCUGUGUUAUUAAGUUUUCAUGUGUUCUUGUCAUAUUGUCUCAGGUGUAAUGGAUCAGCAUUAUUGACUGACAUGUGGAUAAACCUGCUCAUUUACACACCAUUGAAUAAAACGACAACAUGGCUA